AAGAGCCGGGAGCAGGGUUUUUGGCUGGGAGACCCGACCAAGAGAGGAAGGUCAGCCAGCCAAACGCCACCGCCGCCGUGCUCGCGCCGCACGCAACUCUCAGCUCUCUGACGCCUCCUCCUCCGUCGAUUCCGACGAGAGAGACGCAAACCAACGAGGUAGGAAGGAGCGCGAAGAUGGGAGCGGGGGACGGUGAGGUCGCUGCGAGCAAAGACAAGGCCAGCGGCGGCGGCGCCGAGCGGACGUCGCUGGACGGCGUGCGGGAUAAGAACGUGAUGCAGCUUAAGAAGCUUAAUACGGCGCUAUUCCCUGUCCGCUACAAUGAAAAAUACUACCAGGACGCCAUCGCCUCCAAGGAUUUCUCCAAACUAGCAUACUUUAGCGAUAUUUGUGUUGGUGCGAUAGCUUGUCGCCUGGAGAAGAAGGAAGGAGGAGCAGUCCGAGUUUAUAUCAUGACCUUGGGUGUACUGGCACCGUAUCGGGGUCUUGGUAUUGGGACAAAGCUGCUGAAUCAUGUGUUCGAUCUCUCAGCAAAGCAAAACAUCUCCGAGAUAUACUUGCAUGUUCAGACCAACAACGAUGAUGCAAUUGCUUUCUACAAGAAGUUUGGGUUCGAGAUAACACAGACAAUACAUAACUACUACAUGAACAUAACGCCACCGGAUUGCUACGUUCUUAUGAAAUUCAUUGGCCAGGCUGCUACAAAGAAAUGAGAAGCAGCCCGCGCAGCUUUGAGAGACCACUGCCACUCAAGUUAUGGUGGAGAUAGUUGGGAUCCGGUCACAGUUUGUGCUGUGCUUUCAUUUUUGUGAUCUUGAACGCUGUAGACUCCUGAGUAGCCUUUGCUAUCAUUUACAUUGGGAGUCAUCUUGCUUCAGGGCAUGGAUUCGUGCCUGAACAAUUUCUUGAGUUGCUGCUUUUGUGGGACAGCUGUGAUCUUGUAGGUCUGUAUGCCCAAUCGGGCUUGUAUCUUGAUGGAUCACGAUGUCAGGAUGUUCUGCAUGCUCAUUUUGGUUGAGGUGUGACGAUUCAGUUAUUCAUGCCUA